AUGCGACACUCCGCGAGAACUUUGUGCAAAACAGCCCUUUGGGGCGCCUUCAGUCUCAGCGCCGUCAAGACACAAGGGACAAACGGACUUCUCGCCAGCGAUGAGAACGACUGGUUGGCAUUAGACAACGUCGAUCCUUGGUAUCUGCCCCCGGACAUUGUUGACGGCGGUGACAAAGAUGGCUCUGUCUUAAUAAUGAACGGCCGAGUGCGCUGCGGUGUCGUCCCUCUCGACAAGAGCGGCAACGUGUGGACGAUCCCCGCUAAUGGCGAUUUCGACGCUGUCGGUUACAUCCUGCCCCGAGGCGGCUACGACUCACGAUCCGACAAGAGCCUAGCAGACUGUGUGCUGCGUGAGUCCAAGGAAGAGGGCGGCUUCAUCAUCGACGUCAACUCGCUUAUUCCCCUCGGACUGAGCAAAGGGGAGACAGUGUACUGGUACAAAGGCACCGUCACCGAGACCGUCGACCCGACCGAACCGCGCGACCGCCCGCCAAAGUCCUUCGCUGCCGCGGAAGCGCGAACAGAACUGCAGAAGCCGGCCAAGAAGCCAACGAAGAAGUCGGACAUGCGAAUGGCGUUCAACAAGGCGGAUUCAGCAUCCGAGUCUAACAGUUACCGUUCAACGUUCAAGGCGGGUGGCGGUGCCUCGGCCUACUCGUUCAAAGAUGCCGGGGCGGCUAUGGAAGUGUACAGCACCGAGUUUCAGAGCGGCGGCGCGCCGAUCGUCAAAGUGGAGGUGGACUCGUUCUUGAACAAACUCGUAGCAGAGAAGGCGGAGAGUAGUCAGGACCAGACCAAGAACCGGCUGAGUCUCGCGCGUAUGAUGGGCUCGGUGUGGCUCAGGAAGGGACUCGCGAUCAAGCAGCUCAGUGCGGUUGAGUUUCUUGACGUCGUCGAUGAUAAGACUCGUGCUGCGAUAACGGCAGUCCAAGGCGAACUGGAAGCCGUAGCCGAAGAUUUCGAGGUUCAGUCGACGGAUUCGGUGCACUGGGGACGUCUGAGACGUCCGUCCCUCUCCCCCUUUCCGGUCGAGCUUACCUUGUUGAGUCGAGUACGUGGCUGCCAACUAACAACUGCCAGAAUCUACACGUCGCGGGUCUUCAAGUUCAUCGUGGGGCCAGAGAAUACGACAUUCCACGUCCAUGAGAAGCUCUUUGCCCCUCACUCCAAGGGGUUGACGCGCAUGCUCACUAACGGAAUGCGCGAAUCGCAAGAGGGCGUUGUCGUUCUAGACGAUGUCGACAAGACCACUUUCACCAGCUUCCUGGACUACGCAACAUACGGCAACUACAGGUUUCAGCGGACGAUCCCUUCAGAGAACACCCAGUCGACGUUGAGUGACGAUGAUCUCACGCCAGAGAAACGGUGUGACUCUCUACGUGACCAUCUCAUUCAUUACGAUCAUCGACGGGACAUCAUCGAGAGGAAGCCGUACUUGAAGUACAUGGAGCUCUUUGUGAAGAGCGGGGACCAGCACGGGCUUUACGCACCUCCUACGUACCUGUCUGAACCUGACGAGCUUGGUUUUGACGUCGAUCUGGACUUGAAACUCUCCAACAAGGAAUUCGGCGAAGUCUGUCAACACCAUGUCAAGCUCUACGCCUUCGCUGACAAGUGGGACAUCUCUGAGCUCAGGCAGCUGUGUCUUCACAAGAUUCACAACUGCCUGACCCGCGUCAAACUAUGCGACAGCGGAUACCACUUGCUUUUCGCCCUGAUUGACGAUGCUUACAAGAGCACCAUGCCUGGAGAUUUGCUCCGCAAGCUAUUCACGCAGAUGUGCGUGUCGGACAUCAGCCUCAUUCGAGGUAUGUCUGGAUUUCCCCGUCUGGUGUGCCGCCUUCCGGAGAUAGGCCUAGACAUGAUCUUGGAGGAGCCCAAGUACUGGGAGGACAAACCGAAGGCCUUAGCCGACGUCAACAGCAAAUUUCCACCGCGACCAUCCAUUGGCGACUAUGAUCAGAAGAGAAGCUAG